AUGACGGAAACUCCAUUAACCACCCUGGCAGACCAAAUCUCCUCCUCCGCCUCACUGAUAUCCCAAUUCCUCCACUCCAACAACCACCCCCAGCCCUCCUUCGCCCCAGAUGCACCACCAGCCUUCCCACCCGCCCCAACACCCAUCACCGCCGCCCGCCAAACCCUCCUCGAAGCCGCCCAGACACUCAUCGACCUCCUAACCGGCCCCGCCGAACACCUCCGCUGGCUCGCCUGCCGCUACCACGACAUGUCCAGCCUCCGCUGGAUCUACCACUACAACAUUGCAGCAUCCAUCCCACUCGAUCAGCCCGUAUCCUUCGGCGCCGUCGCAAACACCGCAAACGUUCCCGAGGAUAUCCUCAAGCGAAUGACCCGCCAUGCAAUGACGAACCGCAUCUUCGCUGAGCCCGAGCCGGGCUUCAUCGCGCAUACCGCGUCCUCGGCGCUUCUUGUGCGUAGUCAGGCGUUGAAGGACUGGGUUGGGUAUACCAGCGAGGAAACGUAUCCGGCCUCGGCGAAGGUGGUGGAAGCGCAGGAGAGGUUUGGUGUCACUGAUGACCCAAGGCAGACGGGGUAUAGUGUUGCCUUUGCGACGGAUAAGCCGAUGUUUGUGCAUAUGGCGGAGGAUCCGGAACGGGAGAGAAGGUUUGCGAAUACCAUGGUUGAGAUGACGUCGACGGAGGGGUAUGGUAUUGGACAUCUUGUAAGGGGGUAUAGAUGGGAUGGUAUUGGUAGCGCGACGGUUGUUGAUGUGGGUGGUUCAACGGGCCAUGCGUGUAUUGCUAUAGCAGAGAAAGCUCCAGAUGCAACAUUCAUCGUCCAGGAUCUGGCUGGUGUCGUGUACCAGGGGAGGAAGAGUCUUCCUGGUAACCUCAAAUCGCGGAUUACAUUCCAAGAACAUGAUUUCUUCACGCCGCAGCCGCAGUCUGCGGAUAUUUACCUCCUCCGGUUCAUCCUGCAUGAUCAUCCGGACUCAGUUGCAGUUAAUAUCGUCAAGAGUCUUGUCCCGGCAAUGCGGAACGGGUCCAGGCUGUUGAUCAACGAUGGGGUCCUUCCAGAGCCGAAUACGUUACCAAAGGGGGAGGAGAGGAUUGCGCGGAUCAUGGACCUUGAGAUGUUGACUACUUUCAACGCACGCGAGCGCCCAUUAGCAGACUGGGUCAGUCUCUGUGCAGAAGCAGACAACAGACUCAAGCUACACUCAGUGUCAAAGCCGGAAGGCAGCAUCAUGUCGAUUCUGGAGUUUGUUUACGAAAACGGUCAUCAAGGGUAA